AAGUCUUGCUCUUUCUUUAUACCACAGCCCCACCGCUUCGAGUUGCUGUGCAGAGAAAUGCUUGCUCUCGCAAGUGAGGUGACAGAGUGCUCCCAGCACUCUGAGGCUGGACUAAAAAAGAUUAGUGAGAAGUGGAUAUUUUUGUCCUGCAAAAUAACUGAGGUUUUCUAAAGCUUUCCAAAUUUGUCGUGAAGAAUGAAGGAAGGCAAACAAGUGAUUCACUGCAGCCCAUUGGAGCUUCCAAGUGAGAGCCAUUCCUUCACAGGCUGGGCCCAGAUCUGCUCCUGGAGCUGCUCCCCUCUUGGGUCAGCUUGCUGAGUGCCAGCACUGCAGAGGUGGCAGACACACAGAUGGAUGGCAGGACCCAGGCAGUGCCACCUCGGAUCUUCUUCCACUGCCAUGGAACUGCAGGCUCAGGCAACAGUGCCCUCUCCUCCUGAUCUCAGCCAUCCAGCAGUUUUUAGAACUCAACUCUCAGGAACUAAAAAUGAGAAGAUGCGACCCAGCAUAUCUUAUUCAUGAAACAUUCCCCAAACCCUUGAGGCAGUGGGAGUUUCACACCAAGAAAGGCCACGAGAUGAAUGCUCCUCGUGCUGGGUCUGAGCAGCACAACGAGACAACUGUUUGGCUGAAAAGCAGAAGGAAGAGGACCCAAGCAUGGAAAGGGAACAGUCUGCUUCUGGACUGUUCCUCUGCUACGAAGGGAGGAACUGCCCACAGCUGGGUGCUUCAGGAAGCGAGAAAUGAAGAGCAUCCAUACUGAACAGCAGGAGCACUGCUGGGCUACCGAGCAGUCCCUAACAAGCAGGAUGGUUGGCCAAAAGUGAUUAUAAAAGUGGAGGAGGGAAAGACUUCUCUGUUUUCUAGGAGAGGCAGGAGCGAAAGGAGAGUUGCUUAUUAUGGUGGCUAUGAAGAAUUGCAUACGCAGUGGUGAAAGUACAUCCCUGCUUGAAGAUGUGGAGAGCAUCUUAAGAAGAUUAGUUUUCUGCCAAACUGACAUCCUCUGAUGGCUUGCCAAAGCAAGAUGAGCAUCAGCACUGGCACAAGAAAGGAGGCAUGGUUGCUCAAGAGAGAGGGAAGAUGGUAACACAAAAGAAUUUAAUUAAGUUGGUUGGUUGUAAAUCCACACCCUUGCAACUCUGUGUUUGGCUUGCACAGAUCAAAAUCACAAUUGCUGUCAAUAAAUUGAGAGACAAGAAGCAUUAAUGGCAGCAAUGGAAACAGUAGAGAAGAGAGUAAAGCAAGAGAAACAACAAGGAAAAGGAAAGGCAAGGCCAUCUCUAACAACAGCAGCAGUUCCACGUUGCAUCAGCAGCUCAAGCCUCCCAAUACAUACUAGGACCCCAUGUUCACACUCCCUCCUACUCAACCCUGCUCAUUGCUUCAUUGACUGCAGCUGCUGGGGUGAAGAUGGGCACUGGUAGCACCUCCACAUAAGCUGCUGGGGGAGUGCACCUGCAUACACCAGCAUGUUGUUCCUGUACUACGGCCUGGAGAUUCCUGUGUUGACCCAUUUCUUCAUCUCAAAACAGCGUACUGAUGGAUGGGAGCAAACUUUCAUGGUGCUCAGGAGCUCUAUGAGAGGACGCACUGCAAGUCUGCACGUAGGGAUUGAAGGAAUUUUACCCUCCUCAGCAUGAGGGGACGAGAAGACCAGGAUAUGACAGCAUGCUGAAUGGUGUAACUAUCAGCAGCAACACAGUCCUGUCAAUCCAUGCAGCACGAUGGCUUCGUUUCCUGUCCUCAAGCAAGAAGUGUUGUUCCGGAAUGGCACGUGGAGCUAUCGAAUUCCAGCCCUGCUUUACCUGCCACGUUUCAGCAUCAUCCUGGCAUUUGCUGAGGAACGAGAGGAUGUGGUGGAUGAGCAUGCCAAGCUCAUAGUGAUGCGCAGAGGCACGUACAACCCAGGCAGACACCAUGUUCAGUGGAGCGGCAUGGAGACCAUUGUCAGUGCACAGCUGGAAGGUCACCGAUCCAUGAAUCCCUGUCCUGUUUAUGAUGAGGUCUCGGGGAAUCUGAUCCUGUUCUUCAUAGCUGUCCCAGGAAAGAUCUCUGAGCACUACCAGCUCAGGACAAAGACCAACCUGGUACGUCUCUGCUAUGUCACUAGCGUGGACCAAGGACACACAUGGAGCCCUGUUCAGGAUAUCACAGAGAGCACCAUCAGCACAGAGUACAAGAACUGGGCCACUUUUGCAGUGGGACCAGGUCAUGGAUUACAGCUGUCCAAUGAGGCCCGGAGCCUUGUGAUUCCUGCCUAUGCCUUUCGUAUCCUUGACCCUAAGCAUCACCCUGUCUCUUAUACCUUCUGCUUCAUCAGCUCUGACCAUGGGAUGACGUGGGAGAUGGGGAACUUUGUGGGAAAAGAGAGUGCAGGGGAAUGCCAGGUAGCUGAGGUACACCGCUGUGGCAUGAAUGUGCUCUACUGCAAUGCUAGGACCAACAAGGGAGUGAGAAUCCAGGCUGUCAGCCACAACAACGGGGUGGAUUUUGAGGAAGGCCAGCGGGUUGAAAAGCUUGUGGAGCCUCCCUCUGGAUGUCAUGGAAGUAUUGUUGCCUUCCCUCCUCCCUCUGAUGUCUGGUGCCAAGAUAGCUGGUUGCUGUACACUCAUCCUGCGGACCCAAAGGGCCGAAGAGAUUUGGGAAUUUACCUCAACAAAAGCCCUUUAAAUCCAGCACACUGGACAAAGCCAAGCAUCCUCUUCAAGGGCUUGUGUGCUUACUCAGAUCUGCAGUACAUGGGGAUUGGGCCAGAUGGCUCGCCCUUGUUCUCUUGCCUCUUUGAAUAUGGGAUCCAUAAACAAUGUGAAGAGAUAAUCUUUGUAAUGUUCACUUUGAAGCAAGCCUUCCCUUCUGAGUUCUGAGUCUCGAGCUUUUUCAUUGGGAUUCUUCUGAAAAACACUUUUGCUGAUGCUCUUUUCACUAUCAGCUCUCAUCUUUCAGCAAAAGAGUUUUUGUAUUCUUCCCGCGCUGCCGGCUGGGCAUUGUCUUGUAGCAUGCUUACAUCACAAAGUCUAUUAAACAUACUAAAACUAAA